GUACUUUUUUUCCUGGGCUGCCUCAGCCUGCAGGUAGUGUUUGUCCCAACAGGAGCACAUUCUUGUGUGCAAGUAUGGAGAAGGCUGCAGUGUGUGCAUUGGUUGUUGCACUUCUGCAAUUAAACACCGUUUUCACUCAGGGACCUGAACACAAUUUGACAGGGAUUCUUCCAAAGCCAGGUCACUGCCCUCGUCUCCUCCAAGUGGUCCCAUCACACAAGGGGUGCACAUGUGAUGAAGACUGUCCCACGGACCACAAAUGUUGUGUCUUUAACUGUGGAGCUGUUUGUGUCCCCCCUGCCUUCACCAAGCCAGGAGUGUGUCCUCGCAGAAACUGGGGUUCUGGGAUGUGUGCGGAGUUUUGCUCUGAUGACAGCGACUGUCCCAGCAAGGAUAAAUGCUGCCAUAACGGAUGUGGGCAUGAGUGCAUUGCACCCUACAAAGUGAAGCCAGGCCGUUGCGCUCUGCCCCAAGGAACACCCAUGUGUGCAGAGUACUGCUACCACGACGGCCAGUGUCCAGGAGAGCAGAAGUGCUGCAGAACAACCUGUGGACAUGCCUGCAGUGAGCCCUGCUGAGUGGACAUAUUCAAAAGACCAUUAUAUGUGCUCACUGUAAUCAUAUUUAGGUCACACAAUUCCCUAUGUAAUAGUUUAUUAGAGAAUGAACUACUGUGUGUUUCUAAAAUUAAUAAAUGAUUUAGAAAAUAAAAAAUGUAUGUUAGGCAGCGGUCUAACAUGUGAAAUGCAUUCCACAUCUGUGUUUGAGAAUGCAAAAAAUAUAUAUAUCAGCAUGUUUACACAUCUGUCUGAGAAUGCAAAAAAAAAUUAUAUCAGCAUGUUUACACAUCUGUCUUUGAGAAUGCAAAAAAAAAAAAAAAUGUUUAGACA